AUGGAUAUUAGAAAUAUAUAUGAAGAAUUGUUUGAAGAUGAUGGAGAUGACGACGAUUAUCAAAUAUUAAAUUUAAUUCGUAAACCUUAUACUGUUCGGCCACGACCUGAUUUUUUUAAUAUAUAUGAUGAACGCGAAUUUAUUACACGGUUUAGAUUGUGUAAAGAAACAGUUAUUGGAGUAGCUGAUCUUAUUUGUGAUAAGAUAAAAACAAAAACAUUGAGAAAUAAUGCAAUAAUGCCAAUCCAUCAAUUAUUAUUGACAUUACGUUUUUAUGCAACAGGAGCUUUUCAAAUUGCUGUUGCUGAUUUUGCAGGAAUUCAUACAUCCACAGCAUGCAGAAUUAUCAAAAAAGUAACGAUAGCUUUAGCUUCUGAAUAUCGUCGUUAUGUACGUUUUCCAGAAGAUACAACAUAUGUACGUCAAGGGUUUUAUAACAUCAGUAAAUUUCCACGAGUAAUUGGUGCAAUAGAUUGUACUCAUGUAAAAAUUCAAUCACCAGGUGGAGAAGAGGCUGAAGUUUUUCGAAAUAGAAAGGGUUUCUUUAGUAUUAAUGUGCAAGUAGUAUGUAAUAGUAAUAUGGAAUUUCAAGAUAUAGUAGCACGAUGGCCAGGCUCAACUCACGAUGCUACAAUUUUUGAUGCAAGUCGUUUGCAUGCUAGAUUCAUUCAAGGCGAAAUGAAAGAUGGAAUUUUAUUAGGAGAUAAUGGAUAUUCCUGUGUUAAAUUUUUAGUGACUCCUUUAUUGCAAACACAUAACCGUGCUGAAGAAUUAUACAACGAGUCACAAAUACGUACUAGAAACAAAAUUGAAUGUACUUUUGGUGUGUGGAAACGCAGAUUUCCUGUAUUAGCAAUAGGUAUGAGAGUGUCUAUAGCUACUACUCAAGCUAUUGUGAUAGCAACUGCAGUAUUACAUAAUAUCGCUCGUCAAAUGAAUAAUCCUGAACCACCAGUUGAUUUGGACGUCGUACAAUUAAUCGAUGCAUUAGAAGAUCAUGAUCCAAUAGUGAUACCAGAUAAUGCUCGAACUGAUACUGCAAGAAGACUUUUAAUUGACACAUAUUUUAGAUUAUUGCCGUAA